AUGAAGUCAACAUCAAUCUUGAGCAGCAUGUGCAUCAUGCCCUUGUUGGCAUAUGCAUCUCCGGCCGGCCGGAUCCUUGCCCGAGAGAAUUCCUCCCUCACCGUGGCGCAGCUCGAGGCUAUUGCUCCUACGUCCAAUACAUGCGAUAAUCCACCUGCAGCCGGGGAAUGCGCUACUGCGGAGCAAGCAGUCCCGCAUAUCACCAAGUCUUUUGACACUUAUGGCGUGACGUCUCGCGCUGAGCAAGCAGCCGUGAUUGCACUCAUGGCAUUUGAAAGCGGCGAUUUCAAGUACAACAAGAAUCACUUCCCGGGUGUUCCUGGGCAGGGCAGUACGUAUUUCCAGCUUCAUCCUCUGCCUGCCAUGCCAGAUAGAGAGGUAGAUGCUAACGAUGGUAUACAGCACGAAACAUGCAAUCGCCCUCUUACAAUGCCAAAUACGCGGCUUCUAUCCCCGCGCUCGCGGACCAACUCCCCAGCGUAUCCGGGGACGUGA